UCACUUCAAGAAUUAGAACUAUUUUUCUUAGUACCCUAACUUAAAAUGGAGCAUAAUAUGUCAUUUUCAUUUUUUCUAACAGUCACGCAACGUAUAUUUAGUAAUUGGACAGCACUAAAAUUGGCAGUAGAACAUGAUAUGGGUUCAGUAGAAUGUGCAAGAGAAUUUUGUUCAUAUAUGACAGAAGUAUUAUCUAUAAAUGAAGGACUAAUCAGUAGUGAGAUUGCAUUUGUACUAGAAGAUUACAUAGAUGAUCAAUUUAACACAGAAGUACAGGACGGCAGCAUUAUGCAAGUAGCAGAGGAAUUGUUAAGGUUUCAUCGAUAUUGUAUGGAAGGCAAUGAAUCUACAGCAAAAACAGAAUUUGAAAAAUUACCACCACUACAGUCAUGGUUGUAUUCGGAACAACCAUCUCAACCUAUUAAUUCUCAACCAAUAAAAUAUCAACCUAGCAGUUCAAACGAGGAUAUGGAUAUAGAUAAGAAUGAGCAAGAGAGUGAUGGAUGGACAGUAGUUACAAACAGACGAAGCAAAUAACUUCUAAGUCUUUUCAUAUGAAAGAUAUCUUUAUUUAACUAUUUUUGUGUGUAUAUAAAAGAAUGGAAAGACCUGAAAAGAGAGGCAGACAGGCACAUAACGUUAUACCGUAAUAUGCGCGCAUUCGUUCCACAAUCAUACGAAUUUCAGCGCUAUUAUUAAUU